GGAGUGACAAUCUAUUGCUGUUGACCAGAGAUAUGAACGUACUUAUACCUCGAACGGCCUUGCGAAUUAUCAAACCCACACCCAUUCUCGCCUCUCGAUAUACUUCAGGUACAUAUAGAUACGUUCACCAGUCAACUGCUGCAUGGUCCGACAGAAAAAUGCCCCCGUCGAUCGAAACAUCCAACGCCAAUGCGGCGACUCAAAAGACAUUCAACGCCUGGCAACAACCUGGCCCGGCGUCCUUCGACUUUCGCAGCGACGUGGUGACGACUCCCACGGAAUCCAUGCUCAACGCCAUAGCCAACACGACGCUCCGGGACGACGUGUUUGUCGAAGACCCGACGACCAACGACCUCGAGUCCCACGUGGCCAGUCUGUCGGGCCACGAGGCGGCUCUCCUCGUCAUGUCCGGGACCAUGGGAAACCAGGUGGCCCUGCGCACACACCUGACCGGUCCACCUCACUCGGUGCUGUGUGAUCGGAGGGGCCACAUCUUCAACUACGAAGCCGGCGGAAUAUCGACGAUUUCGGGCGCCAUGCUCAUCGCCGUCGCGCCAUCCAACGGCCACCACCUGACGCUCGAGGACGUCCAAAAGCACGCCAUCCUAUCCGACGACGUGCACGCCUGCCCGACGACCGUCAUCUCCCUGGAGAACACGCUCGACGGGAUGAUCAUGCCACUCGAGGAGGUGCGCAAGAUCUCCGCCUUCGCCCGCCAACACGGCAUCAGGAUGCACCUCGACGGUGCCCGCAUCUGGGAAGCCGUCGCCGCCGAGGCGGGCAGUCUGUCCGACUUCACAACCUGCUUCGACACCGCGAGCCUGUGCUUUUCAAAGGGUCUCGGCGCGCCCAUCGGAAGCAUUAUCAUCGGGUCAAAGGCCUUCAUCGCCCAUGCGAGGCGCAUACGCAAGAUGUUCGGCGGAGGCACGAGGCAGGCGGGCGUGCUUUCUGCCGCGGCACGCGUCGCCGUGGAUGAGACUUUUGGCAAGGGUCCACGCGGCGAGGGCGGCAAACUACGAGCCAGCCAUGCCCAAGCUCGCAAGGUCGCCGAAAUGUGGCAGACCAAGGGCGGAAAACUCUCAAAUCCGGUCGAGACGAACAUGGUGUGGCUCGACAUCAAUCACGCAGGGUACUCUGCUGAAAAGUUUGCCGAACUUGCCGCCAUAGAAGGCAUCAAGGCCAAUGGCGGCAGACUAGUAGUACACUAUCAGAUCACGGACGAUGCAGUAGAGAGGCUAGGAAGAGUCAUGGAUAGAAUGCUAGGUAAUCAGUAGAAGAAGAAAAGCACACGAUGGACUCAUCGGCCGUGAAAUUUCCUGUCUUUG